AGCCCAAGCACUUCACGCAGUGCCAUACCCGCACCUCCGGCCGGGCACCUGCACUUCACGUCCACACCGUCCCCAACCCAACCCCCCGACCGCCCGGCCAGCGGGUCGCCCAAUUGCUCGAAUACUCUGUCCGUCUUUUCGCGUUUUGUGCGAGUCAAUGGUUCCAACAGCUGGCCGCUGUACAGGGCCCGCCACCGGCCACCACUGCCGUUGCUGUUCUCAUAUUGCCCCUUCGCGCACCCCGUGCCAGUUCCUGCCGCCGCUUCUCCCUCUCGCAAUGGCGCAGAGCUCUUCUCCACUGCCGCUGAGGCAUUCUAGCGCGGUGCCGCGCACUCCCUCUCUCGCGCGAACGUCGCUCCCCGUCGACGACUUCGACGAACUUGCCGGUGACACCAUCCCUUGCUCGCCUGCAGCUUUUCUUCGCGACCGCGACACUGUCACCACGCAGCCCACGCAGAUUCUCAGUCGUCCGACCCUCCAAGCGCCAGAGUCCUCCUCGCCCCCGAGCAUAGUCGAGGUUCCUGCCUCGUCGCCCUUUCGACAGGCGAACUCUUCUCCCGCAGCGCCCAAACCCCGGUUCGGUUCACGGCUCGCUCCCGCAGGCACCUUCUUCCGCCCGCCUCCGCGGCCGCAGCCAGCCAUGGCGCCCAAGCGACCGGCUCCAGAACCAAUCAUCCUCAUAUCAGACGACGAGGACGACCUCACUCCGUCGCGCGGGGACAUCCGCCCGACCACGUUCAAAGCCAAGGUGGCUGCAUUCGCCUACAACCCCGCGGCGGACGCGCGCGAGACGAAACAGAAGCUUAGGCAGAUCUACGACGUGUUUGGCGAUAGGUUCCCUUCGGAUAAGGUCCGCGGCGCGCUCAAGGCGUGUAAGAACGACGUUGAGGCUGCCAUCCUAUACCUAGAAGACCAGCAACGGGUGCCCCCGCCUGAAUCUCCGACUCUCCCUCCGCCGAAGCCGAAUGGACGGCGGCUCGUGUCCAAGGCGGCCAUGAAAGGCUCAGCCAGCAACCCUGUGCUGCUGUCGAGGGAUUCGUCUCCCAUAGCGUCACCCAGUCCGCCAAAACAACCUAAGCGGCGUCUUGUCCAGGGCUUGCGGCGGCGAGGCGACUCCUUUUCUCAAGAAGUACCGAGCCCGUCUGAGCCGCCGUCGAGUGAUGAUCCUUUGGUUAUUGACCUCGUGGGGAAUGACAAAGAGGAUGAGUACGAGGCCGAGCUCUCACCCGAGCCAGAAUAUGACGACGAUCGGGUCUUGACCUGCAUCAACGAGAGCACGGCCAAAGAACUGGCGGCCAUGACGGGCGUCAAGGAGAAUCUCCUCGAACCCCUCAUGGAGAAACGACCGUUCAACGACCUGGCACAGGCCAAGCGCGUGAGCAUAAACAAGAAACCUGGAGCAAGAAAGUCGGCCAGGGUCAGCAUUGGCGAGUCUGUGGUCGAGGCCGUCGAGAUCUUUCUGAACGCAGUAUCUGCUAUUGACCAAGUUGUUGCCCAAUGCGAGAUCAAAGCACAGACUGUCAAGAGUGUUAUUGACACCUGGGACCUGGACACUUUCGGUCAUCACAGGCGCAGCGAGCGCGCCACUCCUGACAGGGACCUGCCUCCGACACCCACCAGCGUUGGCAGCUCACGGUACACCCAGCCGCCGAUUCCGCGACAACCCGAAUCUAUGGACGGACACUGCGUGAUGAAGUCGUUUCAGUUGUUCGGCCUGAACUGGAUGUCGCUGCUGUACAACUACGACAUUGGUUGCAUCCUCGCCGACGAGAUGGGGCUCGGCAAGACAUGUCAGGUCAUAUCCUUCGUUUCGCACCUCGUCGACGAUUACCAAGCCAACGGCGGCGGGAGGCGGCCGUGGCCCAACUUGAUCGUCGUACCCCCGAGCACAUAUAACAACUGGCUGAUUGAGUUUGACAAAUUCGCGCCCGAUCUGUCCGUCAUUGGGUACCGAGGCACCCAGAGUGAGCGCGCAGAGAUUGCCUGGAGUAUCAAGCAUGAGCCCGAAGCAUACCAUGUGGUCCUUGCGACAUACUCUCAGAUCAACUCGGAGGACGACAUUGAGGCGAUGCAGUCCAUCCGAGUCAACUGCGCCGUAUUUGACGAGGGUCACAAGAUGAAGAACCCAGAGACGAAAAUCUACCGUGACCUCAAAAGGAUCCCGGCAGCGUGGAAGAUGCUGCUGACAGGCACUCCCGUCCAGAACAAUCUCAUGGAGAUGACGGCGUUGCUCAACUUCAUCAACCCCCAGAUGUUCUCCGGGUGCAUGGAGCACAUCCGAUACAUCUUUAGCCAGAAAAUCACCAUUCGGGACGUGUCCAACGGGGCGUUUCUCUACAGCGAGCGAGUCAAGCGGGCACGCACGAUCCUGGAGCCCUUCAUCCUGCAGCGACGCAAAGACCAGGUGCUUUCGGACAUGCCGCGCAAGAUUAACACGGUGGUCCAGUGCGAGAUGACGGAGACACAGAAGCCCGUAUACCGAGAGUACGAGGAGACGUUCAAGCUCGAGCCGUCGCAACGUGUCGGGCGAGCGCAGGGUCGGCAAAACGACCAGAACAACGUGUGGAUGCAGCUGCGGAAGGCGGCGCUGCACCCGCUACUGUUUCGGCGCCACUUCACGGACGAAAAGGUGGAGGAGAUGGGCAGAAUUCUGAUGGAUAGGGUCCCGCAGUCAGAACUCCAUCAAACGGAUAUCCGACACCUAAUCCAAGAGCUCAAGAACUCGUCCGACUUUGAGCUCCAUCUUUGGUGCCGAGACUAUCCGAGGCUGCUGAAGCAGUUCGACAUACCGGCGGCCGCAGAGCUCGACAGCGGCAAGGUCAGGAAGCUGCUGGAGCUCAUCAGUCAGUACCAGGAGGACGGAGACAGGGUGCUCGUCUUCAGCAAGUUCUCGCGGCUCAUUGAGCUCUUGCGGGAAGUGCUCGCGCUGCAGGGCAUCGACCACCGCAUCCUCAUGGGGAACACGAACGUGGCGGAGCGGCAGUCGUUGAUCGACGAGUUCAACGAGGACGCAUCGAUCCCCGUCUUUUUGCUCACGACGGGCGCGGGAGGAACGGGCAUCAACCUGACGGCGGCCAACAAGGUCAUUAUAUUCGACCAGUCGGACAAUCCCCAGGACGACAUACAGGCAGAGAAUCGCGCGCACCGACUGGGCCAGAAGCGGGACGUCGAGGUGGUGCGGCUCAUCUCGUCGGGCACGAUGGAGGAGCUCAUCUACAAGGCGUGCCAGAAGAAGAUUGAGCUCGCCAACAAGGUGACGGGGGCGGUGGAGGAAGAUGACAGCGAUGCGGGCGCCAACCUCGAGCAGGAAGUGCGCAAGAUGAUGGAGGCCCAGGAGAAGAUGACACCGCCGUAGGAUGGCAGUGACGGCCGAGCUCCACAGAUGCCGUCGAAGAAGCCAAAGGUACACACCACGGUGAAGAAUAUUAAGACGGUGCGGAUGCAAGGCGCGGGCGGGAGACGCGGCUGAUAUGGGUGUUGGAAUACGGUACAGCGGUUUGCAUAUGUAGCGAGCAGGCACUUUGCAUUUUCUUCCCUCGAGGCAGGGGUGGUUGUUAGAGUCGGCGCGGGAUGUUGCGCUGCGCCCACGGGCAGGAGAAACGGGAGAGCACAGGGAGGGAAAAGGACCCAGACUCAUGGCUGGGCUUCGUUUGGAAGAGGCACACACGCCAAGGGUUGGACGGACACGCAUGCACACACACACACGAUGGACGCAGAAGACAUGACCGGGUGCGAAGGGGAUGCCCGGUGAGGUUAGACAGACAGGUGGUUCAUAGAAGUCGGCAUAGACGUCGACUUAUAUAGAUGCAGAGCGGUCAGUCUGCUGCGGCGUUUGCUUUGCGUCUUCGGGAAUUGAUGAUGCGGCAUGUU